AUGGCCAGCGUGCCGUCCCGCAGCGGCCUCCCGCUCUCUCCCGGGAAGAAACAUCCGGCGUCUCCUUCUCUUUUAAAGCAUACUUCUUCGUCUUCGCCCGUCUCACUCACCCAGAACUUUUCUUCGAAGGCCUCGCUUCCGUGGCCAGCGCGCCCCCAGUCGCCCCAGAAACCCCUGAAAGGUACUAGUCAGAGACCUGAUGCACCUUCUCCUGUGCUGAAGAAACAGAAAGACUCAUCUUCUCCUACCAGAGAUAAGGACGUCAACGGGGGCGUCCCUGUCGAGAUGGAAUGCUCGCGCGACCACAGCCGUAAAAUGCCCGCCUCCCCCGCGCAGCCUUCAGGUGUACAUACACCGCACACGGAGCGAACUGAGAGGCCCAGCGGCAAGCACAGCAGUUCCCUUUCCUCUGCUACUUCUUCCUCAUCUUCCUCCUCUUCUUCCUCCGCCUCUUCUCCCUCGAAAAUUCCGCGAAUCUCCUUCGGAGGUGGCGCUUCCGUCUCAGGCGAAAGCGCCGCGAAGGACGCGAAAAAGGCGCACACGAAAAGCGAGAAAAUGUCAAGCGGCGAAGGGCCUGAAAGGGCGCUCUCGACUUCCCCUGUGAAGAGCACGGGCUCGUUUUCUCCUCUGGCGAAAGGGGAGAAAAGGCGAAAAACCUCGGCAGGCGAACUGCCCACGCGCGCAGAAUUGGCCGUGUCGCCCCUGAUAGAGCAGAAAGGCCCCAGGCGCGGGGACGCAGGAGGUCUCCGCCAGCGCGAGGGCGAAGAGGGCGAGAAGGUGAACCAGCGCAAGAAGACGCGCGGAUCGGCUGAGGCGAGGGCCACGCACGCCGAGGGGGCGGGGGCGGCGGCCACCAAGCCAGCACAGAAGACUGCCGCGUCCUCUGCAUCUGCGAGGGCGCCUGCGCACGACGGCGCCAAAGUGGCGAGAGAGAAGAGCAGACACCUUGGAAGCGACGUGUCCCCCGCUCAGAGGUCUCCUGUCCGCGACGGGGGGUCGUCGGUUAAGAAACUCACCUCUCUCUCCCAGAAGCCGCAGGUAAAGUCUGCGCACGCGUCGGCGUCUUCUGCGUCGUUCAACGGCGAAAGUGCCUCUGCGACGAGCGGAGGCACAGUGAACCGCAAGCCACACGCCGCGCUCUCGUGCCGCGCGGCUGCAAAGUUGCAGCCGCGCGAGGCGAUUCCGCAUUUGACGCUGCCGCGGAUCGCCGAGCUCGCCGCUGAAGCCCGCGCUCUAGGCGCCCAGGGCCCGCAGGCGAGGGGCGCCGGCGAGAAAAAGAGCCAGGACAGGACACAGCCCGGCGUCUCCGCCGCCAAUGUGAAUAUUGCGGCGAUCGCUGCGUUGGACUUGAGCGAGCGUGAGGCGGAGCGCGUGGACGAUCUCUCGUGCUACAAGAGCCUGAAGCGCCUCGACGUGAGCGGAAACAAACUUGCGGAAGGCCUUGGAUUCCUCUCGAUGAACCUGGAGUUGCGGUGGCUGAAGGCUGCGGGCAGUCUCCUCGAAGGCGGAGAAACGCUCAAAUACGCCAUCAUGAACCUCUCCAACCUCCUCGUCCUCGAUCUCAGCGGCAACCAAAUUUCGCGUCUCGAAGACUUUGCGCCACUGAAGAGUUUGAAGACUCUCGUCCUGAGCGGGAACGAAAUACAGCGUGUUUCCUUCUCGUCGUCUCCGCUGUCGACCCUCGAGUGCCUGAUCUUGUCGCGCAACAAGAUCCAGGAAGUUGAAAAGCCGCCGCGGCCGCUGACGCAUCUCAAGAAGCUAUCUUUGUCAGACAACCGCCUCAAGGUUUUUCCCUUCUCAGGGCAGUUCCCUGCGCUAGCGGAGCUCCGUCUAAACGGCAACAGUUUGCUCUCGGUCGGGACUGGCGUCAUUUGCAUGUCUGAGUUGAAGAUCCUCGACCUUGGCCGCAAUCAAUUCCAUCGAAUCGAGGGGGUAAAAGCUCUGGCGCAGCACCUGAAGCUGACGCAGCUGAAUCUUCUUGGAAAUCCUCUGAUGACAGCGCCCGCCGUUCUGAAGGACGUGGAGAUGCAGGUGGUCGCCAGCUUGCCGAGUCUGAAGAUUUUCAACUCGAAGCCGCUGGAACCCCGCCCGGUGAAUCCGCGGAAGGAGCUCUGGAAGCAGCGACAAGAAGCCGCGCGGAAGGCGCGCGCGAACGGGGCGGCGGGGCCAAGCAGCGAAGCGCCAGGGGGCACGGAGGCGAAGAAGGACGCGCCUGUCGCGGACGCAGGCGAGAAGAAAAAGGCCUUCCCCCACAAGGGGGGGCCCGCACCCGGGCGGCCGCAGCUGAAGAAGCCCUUCAAGAAGCCAAACUUGGGGGGCAACCACCACGGCGGAGCGGGACAGCAACACAGGGAAAAACACGAAAAAAACGGAGAAAAACCGCACGCCGGGGGCUUCAAGCGGAACGCUGGACCGGCGACUGGGGAGUCGAGAGUCGGGCAUGCGAAGAAAAGAAAAUUUUAG